AGAAGCCCACGGGGCGCGGAUACCGAGGCCGCAAAGGCCCCAGAGCAAGUCGAGAAACCCCCAGAAGUCACGACCGAAAAGGACCCAGGGCAAGCAGUCGAGAAACCCCGAGAAGUCACGACCGAAAAGGACCCAGCAGGGCAAGGAGUCGAGAAUCCCCUAGAAGUCACGGCCGAAAAGGACCCAGCAGGGCAAGGAGUCCAGAAACAGGAGGAACAGGCAGGGCAAGGAGGAGUCGAGAAGGUUGCUCCCGAAAAGCAACUGGUGUCGUGGCUGCUGUCGUCUUUGUCAGGACACCAGGGUAAUGGCUCUGGCACGGGGGAGCCUUCUGUCAUCGAGCAGGCCUUGAGGAGGCCUGGUACGGUGGACUUCGAACAGCUGCUCGUGGGCCUCACUGAUAAGAUCAAUGGCACCAUGAAGAAGGAUGACAAAGCCACUGCUCCCAGUGCAGCUGCAGCACAAGAAGUCCCCCCGUCUGCUCCGAGUACACCUGCAGCCCCAAGCACACCGGCUAAGUCGACUGCCCCAGCCCCAAGCACGCCGGCUAAGUCGAUUGCCCCAGAGACAAGCAAAGACGAUGCCCCGACCAAUGCAAAGAUGAACCCCCCUGCCGAGAUCGAUCCCGCUGUCGUCGAGGACAGGAAGCUGAAGCGCAACGCGUACAUGAGGUUCAGCCGCUCAUUGACCAGUCCCAACUGCCCGGAAGCUGUUUUGGCAGCAUACGAUGAGUGCAAGGACAGCUCUGGCGACUUGGCUCGGACGACCCCGGAGGGACAAGGUCCAGGAAUUGUUCCAAAAAUUUAUGGACUGCCGGGAAAGCUGGGGCGAAUCCGAUAUCGUGAUUUCAGCGGAAGCACGAUCGACCCAAAAGAGCAGCACUGCUACGAGGUGGAUGACACGAAAGGACGAGAAGUGCUGAAGUGGACCCCACUGCCCGGAGCUCGAGCCAGCCUGGUGGUGGUGGUGGUGCAGGCGAUGAAUCUGGCCUCAGCCAAUUUGCUGGAAGUCCAGAGCUUCGAGCACAAACUCAGGAGCAACAACUUGGAUGGCAACCUCGUGCUGGCUUUGGUUCAGAGCAUGAACAGCCAGGCAGAGCUGUUGAGGACUGCAAGGUCCAACUUGGAGGCCCCCGGUGUUUUGGGAGAUGUUAGUUAG